GCGCAGGCGGCGGAGCCCCGGGAUUGCGCGCCCCGCGCUGGCGCUGCACUCGAGCCGUGGCCACCAACCGCGUCGCCUACUCGGGGCUGGAACUUCCAGGGGUCCCCCGCUCCAGGUCGGUGGCGGUGCCCGGACGGACGGCGGGGACUCCGUGUCUCCCAGGGCUCCAGAGCCCGCGUAGCCUGCGGCCGAGCCCGAGCUCCGGGCGCCCAGCGCCCAUCAGGGCAGACCCGGCACUCCGGACGGGCAGGCUCUGACCGCCGAUGAGGAGUACGGGGCGGCUGCGCGAGCGGCCCGCGCGCUGAGCCGAGGCUACCCUGUCCCGCGGCCGACCCGACGCCGCAGCCCCCCCGCAGGAAAGAGCCUGGUAUCCUAACCUCCUCCCCACCCGAGAGGGCAGGAGGCUGCCGACGGUGGGAAGGUUGGAGCACAGCCGGGAGUCCGUCACCCGUGCACCUUGAAGACUGCACACUUUGCCCACAUUGGUUAAGAAGUUGCUCUUGGGAAAUUGGAGCUCCGCUUCGGAAGAUGUUGGUCCCAGGGCACUGGGAUGGGCUGAGGUUGACCAUGCCCAGCCUGAUGUUGCUGUUCAUAGCAGCUCUGCUCUCCAGCUGGGCCCAACUCCUGACUGAUGCCAGCUCCUGGUGGUCGCUAGCUCUGAACCCGGUGCAGAGACCUGAGAUGUUCAUCAUUGGUGCUCAGCCCGUGUGCAGCCAGCUUCCCGGGCUUUCCCCAGGCCAGAGAAAGCUGUGUCAGCUGUAUCAGGAGCACAUGUCCUACAUCGGGGAGGGAGCCAAGACGGGCAUCAGGGAGUGCCAGCACCAGUUCCGGCAGAGGCGGUGGAACUGCAGCACCGUGGACAACACGUCUGUCUUUGGCAGAGUCAUGCAGAUAGGUAGCCGGGAGACUGCCUUCACCUAUGCAGUGAGUGCUGCCGGGGUGGUGAAUGCCAUCAGCCGCGCUUGCCGAGAGGGUGAGCUGUCCACCUGUGGCUGCAGCCGGACGGCGAGGCCCAAGGACCUGCCACGAGACUGGCUGUGGGGUGGCUGUGGGGACAAUGUGGAGUACGGCUACCGCUUUGCCAAAGAGUUUGUAGACGCCCGAGAGCGUGAGAAGAACUUUGCCAAGGGAUCAGAGGAGCAGGGCCGAGCCCUCAUGAACCUGCAGAACAACGAGGCCGGACGCCGGGCUGUGUAUAAGAUGGCUGACGUCGCCUGCAAAUGCCACGGCGUCUCAGGGUCCUGCAGCCUCAAGACCUGCUGGCUCCAGCUGGCCGAGUUCCGCAAGGUGGGGGACCGGUUGAAGGAGAAGUACGACAGUGCCGCGGCCAUGCGUGUCACCCGCCAGGGCAAGCUGGAGCUGGCUAACAGCCGCUUCAACCAGCCCACCCCGGAGGACCUGGUCUACGUGGACCCCAGCCCUGACUACUGCCUGCGCAAUGAGACCACAGGCUCACUGGGCACCCAGGGCCGCCUCUGCAACAAGACCUCAGAGGGCAUGGAUGGCUGUGAGCUCAUGUGCUGUGGCCGCGGCUAUGACCGCUUCAAGAGCGUCCAGGUGGAGCGUUGCCACUGCAGGUUCCACUGGUGUUGCUUUGUCAGGUGCAAAAAAUGCACUGAGAUCGUGGACCAGUAUGUCUGUAAAUGAUGGCACCCAUGCCUCCAGCCCACUCCUCUCUGCCUCCCAAAAGUCUAUAUUAUAUAAAUCUAUCUAAAUAUAUUUUAUAUUUGUACAAAUGACUGGAUGGUUGAUAAAUAAGCAAGAGAAGAAAAGGGAGAGGAAGAACUUAAGAAAUGCUGGCCCUCUGUGAGGACUGGGCUUUGCUGGUAUUCUGUAGCCGGUGGGAGAGAAAUGGGCUUUUCCCUGCUUCCUGGCCAGGACUCUCAGGACAUGGGCUUGAGAGUGUCUCUGCGCCAUGGCCUCCAGGAAAGAAUUAGAAGAAGGAGAUGGGCUGGCUUCAGGUCUGCAGUCCUUUGGGGAAGAUGAGGAUCUAUGACCCUGGCCAGGAGACCUGGAGGCCCUGUGGGAGGUGGAGACCUGACAACCCCAGUGGUGGCCCAGGUCUUCCCCAGAAUGGAGAUAGCUUUAGUAAGGGUCCCAGCACUUGCUUCUUUGCUCAUUUGAGUACAUAAUUGCAGGAAAGGGAGGCUCCUUCCUCAGUACUGGGGAGAGGUCUCAAGUCCCUCUGACUGGUGACCUGUAAGGGACCUGUGCCUUCCUGGACUCUGGAUCUGUGUUCUGAUGUGAAUGUCACCAGCUCCUGCUGAAAGCUCCUUAUCCAAGAGAAGGAUGGUCACUUAACCUGCUCCACCAAGGAAGACAUGAGCCAGCCUGGGCUCUGACUGGGGAUGAAAUGCUUCUUGCACAGAGCGGGAAACCCGCUGUUGCCAUUGCUUCCCCUGUCGGGAGGCCUCACGAAUGCUGACAGGUCACAUCUACUGCCUUGUGUCUUCAGUCAUCUCUGCCCAGAUGUACAGUGUCCCUCUGGCAUUAAAUAUCUUUU